CGCGGCGGGCGCGGCAGCAUGCGGUGGCGGGCGCUGGUGCUGGCGCUGGUGCUGCUGCGGCUCGGCCUGCAGGCGCUGCUGUGGCUGCUGCUCGGUCUGGGCCCCGGGCUGGGGCUGCCCCCGCGCGGCCCGCUCGGCCUGGCACUGCAGCGGCUGCGGGGUCCCGGGGCCGGGCCGGGGGCUGCGGGGUCGGGGCGCGGGGCGUGCGGACGGGCGCACUGGGCGGCGGGGCUGCGGCGGGGCCGCACCGACGAGUACGAGCGGCGCUACAGCGGGGCCUUCCCGGCGGCGCUGCGCGCGAGGAUGCGGGACCGGGCGCGGGGCAUGUUCGUGUUCGGCUACGACAACUACAUGGCGCACGCCUUCCCGCAGGACGAGCUCAACCCCAUCCACUGCCGCGGCCGCGGCCCGGACCGCCGGGACCCCUCAAACCUGAACAUCAAUGACGUGCUGGGGAACUACUCCCUGACUCUGGUGGACGCGCUGGACACGCUGGCGAUCAUGGGGAACUCCUCUGAGUUUCGGAAGGCCGUCAGGCUGGUGAUCGACACAGUCUCCUUCGACAAGGACUCCACCGUGCAGGUCUUUGAAGCCACCAUACGGGUCCUGGGCAGCUUGUUGUCAGCCCACAGGAUCAUCACCGACGCCCGGCAGCCCUUCGGGGACAUGACGGUCAAGGGCUACGACAAUGAGCUGCUGCACAUGGCCCGUGACCUGGCCGUGCGCCUGCUGCCCGCCUUCGAGAACACCAGGACCGGUAUCCCCUACCCCAGGGUGAACCUCAAGACCGGCGUGCCCCCCGACAGCAACAACGAGACGUGCACAGCGGGUGCGGGCUCUCUGCUGGUGGAGUUUGGCAUCCUGAGCCGCCUUCUGGGAGACUCCACCUUCGAGUGGGUGGCCCGGCGGGCAGUGAAGGCCCUCUGGGACCUGCGGAGCAACGACACUGGGCUGCUGGGCAACGUGGUGAACAUUCAGACGGGCCACUGGGUGGGGCGGCAGAGCGGCCUGGGCGCGGGGCUGGACUCCUUCUACGAGUACCUGCUCAAGGCCUACAUCCUCUUCGGGGAGGAGGAGGACCUGCGCAUGUUCAACGCCGCCUACCGCAGUAUCCAGAGCUACCUGCGCCGCGGCCGGGAAGCCUGUAACGAGGGGGAAGGGGACCCCCCGCUCUACGUCAAUGUCAACAUGUUCAGCGGGCAGCUGAUGAACACCUGGAUCGACUCCCUGCAGGCCUUCUUCCCCGGGCUGCAGGUGCUGAUCGGGGACGUGGAGGAUGCCAUCUGCCUGCACGCCUUCUACUACGCCAUCUGGAGGCGCUAUGGUGCCCUCCCCGAGCGCUUCAACUGGCAGCUGCAGGCGCCCGACGUGCUCUUCUACCCACUGCGGCCCGAGCUCGUGGAGUCCACCUACCUCCUGUACCAGGCCACUAAGAACCCCUUCUACCUGCACGUGGGCAUGGACAUCCUGCAGAGCCUGGAACAGCACACCAGAGUCAAGUGCGGCUAUGCCACACUGCACCACGUCAUCAACAAGUCCAAGGAGGACCGCAUGGAGAGCUUCUUCCUCAGCGAGACCUGCAAGUACCUGUACCUGCUGUUUGAUGAGGAGAACCCGGUGCACCAGUCUGGGACCCGCUACAUGUUCACCACCGAGGGCCAUGUGGUGUCGGUGGACGAGCCCCUGCGGGAGUCGCCCUGGAAGGACAUCUCCCCGGAGCCCCGGUCCCACGAGCUGCGCGCCCCCAACUCCAGCUCCAACUGCAACCGGGUGCCGGACGAGAGGAGGUACACCCUGCCCCUGAAGAGCGUCUACAUGCGGCAGAUCGACCAGAUGGUCGGCCUCAUCUGACUCCGGGGGCCACGUCCCCCCACGCCGGGACCCCAGUGGACGGCACCUGGAAAACACGGGGUCCCCUCCCUGGGCUGAGGUGGGCUGCCCUUCUGAGGCCCGGCAGCCUGGAGCGUGAUGGGCUCUGCUCCUGAGUCGAGGCUGACUGACCCAAGGCUGAGACCUGCCACCGCCAAGAUUUAUUUUCAGCCGCCCGCCCCCCCCCUCCCCCCGAGAGCUGCUGCAGUUCCCGGGCCCAGUGCCUUUCAGGGUGGGAACCACCAUUCCCUCAGCUGCCCAUGGGGGUCAGGGUACCCGCCCAUGCAUCUGUGUGGAUCCAGUGCCAAUGACCCCAGCCAGGGAGCCCGGGUCCAGCCCGUCCCCCGUAGGUCCUGACCAGUGCCUUAGGCCCAGGGAGGGUGGGUGGUUUCAGCAGGCCUUGCUGGUGUGUCCAGGCCAUGGGGAAGGCAGGGCAGAAGGCCAAGGAAGGUUCUGGAAACCUCUGGGCCAGCCCCUUCCCUGCUCUGUAGCCUGAUGUUUUAAGCAAGCACCCAGGGCGGGGUGUUGAGCUGACACCCCCCCCCCCCCAGCAGACUGUUCAUGGCCAGAAUGUCUCCUUUGAACCUGUGCCGGAAGCAGAGGGUGUCCUUCCCUCCCUCCCCCGCUCACUCCCUGCUUGCACACUGGACAUGCUUGUGUUUUAGGCUUGCAUGUCGAUUUUGUUUUAAGAGCCAGACAAGUGAGCCCCGUCCGACUGAUAGUGUUUUCAAACCGAAAGGAGGUCCCCUGACUCCUGGAGACUCUCAAGUGCUCCUGUCGCCCCAAGAUGGAUUCCCAACCAGGGGGCCCUCAGCCGCGGCAAUGAAAGUGUUGCCUGGGUGCCCCCCCCAUUAGCGUUCACUAUGCAAGAGCAGAAGGGAAAAAAAAAAAAAAAAAAUCCACAGCUGCCCCUUCCUCUGAGUGCUGUGAACUCCUCGCAGAAUGGGGGGGGGGGGGGACCCUGGGGAGGCUUGGCCCUCCAGCCCCUCGCCUGCACGGGUCCCUCUGGCAGUGCUGGCUGCCCGUCUGGUGCCUUCAGUGUGACCGACCAUGGCACUGAGCGUCAGCUGCCUGGCACGGCCCCCAUCCCCCUUGCACCCCGGUCCCCAGCUGGCCCCCAGGCAGGUUUAUGUCAGCCCCCCCGCCUGCCCCCAGUGAACGUGGGAGUGAAUCCUGCUGACCGAGUGUCCCUCACCUGUGUCCCCCAGGGGCAGACUGUGAGGCCGGGGUCUCCCCCGAGGGCUUCUGCCCCGGGAAGGUCCUGGGCUGCAUCCUCUCAGGACAUCACAGGGUCACCACCUGAGCUGGGGCUGUCGCCCAUUGUGAGGAGCUUCUGACAGCCCUGCUUGUCCCCCCACGGCCCAUGCCGGGGGUGGGGUUUCCAUGUCUUGAGUCAGCACCCGGGGAACCACUUCCUGGAGGGCGGGAGGUGCCACAGGAAGUGUCCGUCCCAUUCCUCCUCCCACCACCACCCAGCCAAAAACCCAGCCUGAUCGCAUGUCCUCCCAGGUCUUCUGCCAGAACCUCUGUGAGGCUGGGAACCCCUGUUCUGAGCUGCCCAGCCCAGUGGGGGCGGAGGUGGGUGGGGACCCUGUGUCCACGUCACUAGGCAGAGUGGCUUCAAGGCCAAUGAGUAUUCCAGCUUCUGGGGACCAGGCCGGUGGGGCAGCCCAUCCCCAGAGAGGACCCCCCCCCCCCCACCUCCCACCGCCAUGUCUCUGGCCACUGUGGCCGUCAUCACCCCUGCAUCCCUUCCCUCCUUUGGCCACAAGGGCCUGCAGAUAGCCCAGGGGGGCCUUGGACCCCAAGUUCCAAGCUCGCCCUCCUCCCUCUCCCUCUGCAUUCCAGACUCAGCUCCUCUCCUGCCUCUUGGGGUGGGGUGGGGGGCACAGGCCGGCCCCGGCCGCCUGCAGCUCAGGGUUAAGCUGCUCCUGAAGUGGACGUGGCGGGGGGUGGGGGUGUGGUCAGUGGGUCAGUGUCCCUGGCACCGGCCUGCCCAGCCCCCCCCCCCCUCCGCCAGCCCCUACCUCAGAGGCAGGAAAUUCUAUUUUUAAAGGUAUUUUGUUGUUGUUUGAAAACAGCCAGGCACACGCUGCGAUUCUUUUUAAUUUAUUGCGCACAAGAAGAAAGGUGAAUUUUUUAAAUCUUUUUCCUUUUUGCAAAAGAUGGAUGGAGAUGGGAAUGCUGGGAGAAUCUGUUGAGACUCACGCUUCCCUCUGUCACGUGCAAUAAGCCCUGUGCCCAGAGAGGCUGUCUUACUCGUCAUCUGUACAUAAGAAAUGUGUUUAAAUUAAAAGAGCCUUUUUUCUUUUCUUUCUGUGAGAGGACCAAAUGUUCUUUUAUAAAUGUACUACAAAGAGAGACCUGGAUCUUUGGAAAUUUAUCAGGGCUUUUACGAGUGACUUUUAUUAAAGAGAUUGUUUUCUGA